AGAAGACGGAUUCUUACGUAAACGCUUUGGAGCAUGCCUACUACACUCGAACAUAAACAAAGGGUGGACGCUACGCCGCAAUAAACGCAACUAAAACAUCCCUGUUGUUUUAUAUGUAUUUAAUAUCGAGAAUAUUUGGAGAAAGACUUUGUUCGUGAACCAUGGAGAACGCAUUACUGAUGCGAGUGAGUGUGUUUACCGACCAAGGGGGUAGGAAAUACAUGGAGGAUGUCACCGAGGUCAUAGUAGAACCCGAGCCGGGAGAGGAUGAGCCGACGUCGGAUGAAACAGACGAGAACAGCGGGGGAAACUGUGCAGUCAUUUCCGUGGCUGAGGGCGCUCAUGUAGACCGGAGUCCAGACGAUUCGGAUCCUCCAUCGGUUUUAGCUGAAUCCCCCCAAACUGUACAAGCCGAGGACCAAAUUGUUUCAGCGGCAACGUCGUUACCGCCCGGUGGGAGCCGGCCGGCGGCGCAGCCUGGCGCCGCGAACCGUCCCCGGCGCUCCGUGGCUUUCUUCGCUGUGUUCGACGGUCACGGGGGUCGCGAGGCUGCGCAGUUCGCACGAGACUAUCUGUGGGAGUUUAUGAAGAAGCAGAAGGGCUUCUGGUCGGAGUGUGACCGGGAGGUCUGCUCUGCCAUACGUAAAGGAUUUGUAGCCUGCCACCACGCCAUGUGGAAAAAGCUACCUGAAUGGCCAAAGACACUCACAGGUCUACCCAGCACAUCUGGUACCACAGCAAGUGUGGUCGUCAUCCGGGGCAACCGCAUGUACGUGGCACACGUUGGGGACUCGGCUGUGGUCCUUGGAGUCCAGGAUGACCCUACGGACCAGUUCAUCAGAGCUGUGGAGGUCACACAAGACCACAAGCCUGAGCUGCCCCGGGAGAGAGAGCGCAUCGAAGGUCUGGGUGGGAGUGUAAUCAAGAAGUCUGGAGUGAACCGAGUGGUGUGGAAGAGGCCCAGGCUGAGUCACAACGGCCCGGUGCGUCGCAGCACCGUCAUCGACCAGAUCCCUUUCCUGGCAGUGGCCAGGGCUCUUGGCGAUCUGUGGAGCUAUGACUUCUAUAGCGGGGAGUUUGUGGUUUCCCCAGAGCCAGACACCAGUGUGGUGACCCUCGACCCCAGGAAACACCGCUACAUCAUCCUGGGCAGUGAUGGCCUGUGGAAUAUGGUGCCACCCCAGGAUGCCAUCUCCAUGUGCCAGGACAACGACGAAGCUAUGGCACCGUGUGGUGUGUCAAGCGCUCGCCAGCUGGUCAGCCAUGCUCUGCUGCGGUGGCGCCAGCGAAUGUUGCGUGCAGACAACACCAGUGCCAUCGUCAUCGCCCUUCAGGAGCCCGGGACACCCCAGGACACCCUGCACCAUGAGGAGGUGCUGCUUGAUCUGGCCAAGGUGUCUCAGAGUCCUCCCACGUCCAUAUCCCGUGCUGACACACCUCUGCUUCAGCGGCCUCCAGAGGAAGACUCCACCUCGGCCGUCUGUGAGCUGGUCCCCACCCUGGACAGGAAGGACGGCCUGUUAGGAACCCGCGGCCUGUACCACAUGACUCUGUCUGACCCCUUUGCAACGCCCCCAUUGCACACAGACAGCAGCACCGAGCCACCCUGCCAGUCCCACUUGACGGACAGCUCUGCUCUGACAGCGGGCCUCUGCGACAGGACGCCCCCCGGCAAAAGGACCAUUGAUGGACCAUCAUCAGGCCAGUUGGCUAAGAAAGCCCGGCGCAGGACCGUCGACAGGCCGCUGCUGGUCCGCCGCAGUGCCGAAAAAACCCAGAAGGAGUCAACCAGCGUUCCUCCCCUCCUCCAGCAGCACAGCAAGACCACAGUAUGUGUGUGCUGAAACACACACAGCACACACACACACACACACACACAUACACACACACAGACGGAACAACAUGCUGCCUCCCCCACUCCCUAACCUUUUCUCUAUAAAGACCAGUUUGAGUGUCGUCUCUGUGGAUUUGUGUUUAUGUUGGCAAAUACCCUCCACAUUCUCUACAUUUUUCCGGAUGUUGUGGACAUAAGAGAUUUUGUCCUCACACAACACGAGCAGUAAUACUAAAGUCUAAACUUCAACUUUCCUGAGACAGUUUGUGUCUUUGUUUUGAAGUCCCUUCCUGAAGUGGAGACUUACUUUGUCUUAUUUUACCUUUUUGCUGCAAACAACGUAUGAAAUAAGUAUGAGUAACAACCUUUGUGUACAUAUUCUUUGUUUUCUAGGUGAGUAUUGAGAAGUAAGAAAAACAUAUGUUCAUUUAAAACAAAUUGCAAUAUUUUUAUACAUGGUUUACUAUAUUAUGAUGAAACAUGAGAAUCCCUUUUGGAUGAGCUCCACCAACACAGAUGACAUUUUAUUUAAAUAUCUUGAAACCCAUCUCACUCAGUCCUUAAAUCUUUGUGCACACCCCACAUUUUUAAAUAUUUAUGUAUUUUUAUUCAUCUUAUUUAAUCACUGGAUGAGAUUUGUCUUGAAUACAAACUGAAGGUGCUGCUACAGUCAAAAACCAGUAAGCUAAUGAAUCAGUUUAUGUUUAGAAUUGUAUAACCUCGCUUAGAGAAAUGACGUCAGAGUUUUUUUGAGGAGACACGUUUCACUUUAUGUAUCCGCUCCUGCAUGGUUUUAAAUGAUGGACAGUGCUUUUUAAAGGAAUCAUCCUCGCUCAGAUCCUCUUACAUUGUUCGAUAUGAAUUUGUGAUGAAGUGUUGUACUUAAUUUUUUGAUGUAUCCCGUUUUCCUUAACCUAUCUUGUCUGUCUUAUACAUCAGUAAAUAAUUUAUAUUUCCCUGAAUGCCUUUCAAGAAUUCUCAGAAAAGGAGCAUGAACAUGUUGCUUUCAAUCAGUGGGCAUAUAAAUACAGCUAACUCAAAAAGCAAGUUAGUGAACAGGUUCAUUUCCAGUUGUCUUUCCUAUGAUGGCAUUUCCCUCCUGUGUGGUUGUUCAAUGGUGGUGCAAAAUGUUAGCUCCAGAAAGAAGCCCUUGUUAAACUCUGAGGCACUGACACCAAAAACCUGGUGCUUACCAUGGAUGAUUAAGAUAGCUGAAACAUCUGCUAUCACACACAACUGCAGCUGCUGGGAAAAUCACGUGAUGUCCUGUUUACUGCAUUAAGCCAGUCAUCCAAAAAAAAAAAAAAAAAAAAAAAAAAAAAACACACCGUGAAACAACAAAAUGGGCCCACUAGUUCAAAGAACUUUGAUAAUACAUUCAGUUUUUAGGGGGUGGAGCCUUUAAAGUGCUGAAAGAAUUUGCCCUGUGGAAUUUUUAAAAUUUUAACUUUCGACCUCUGACCGCUUGCAUUGAUUUUCACCAUAAAGGUCCAAGGGUGCUUAGACUUGUAAGACGCUUAGGGGGUUAAGGGACAGUGUAUUCACUUUGAGAGGACCACUGUGGAACCAGUUGCCUCAUGUCCACCUUAUGGGGAUGAUAAUGAUCCAUUCAAACAGCAAUGAGAUUGUAAUGGCGGUUCUUUAUCAUUUUUUCCUUUACAACCUCAUAGAACUCAUCAUUAAACAAUCCAUUACCCCUCCAUGCUAUAUCUGCUGCAGUCUAAAAUACUCUGCUGUGCCCUGUGUUCUUGUUCCUGGUUUAUGCACAAGUCUCAUUUUUGACUAAACACUCUUCAUGGGAUUUCUAAGAGUGUUUUUGCACUAUUACGGUGACCUUAAUUAUCCUCUUGAAAGGGAGUUUUUGUUGUAAGUCAUGCAGCUGGAUGAAUGGAGAGAGUCUUAGAAUAAAUAGACCAGAGUAAAGCAGAGACGGUUUGAUUGGUUAAACAAAAAAAAAAAAAAAGUAUUGCAGAGUAUGGCCUGAUCCUCAUUUGCCUCCUGG